AUGGAAGAAGACUGCAAUCUCCCACUUCAGCUAUUAAGUCAGACUUAUGACAAGGUUUCAAAGCUGUGUCUCCGAAAGUUGAAGGUGCACAUGGAUCAUCAAGUGAUGGCAGACAUAGAGUCUCGAAAUGUGGAAGCCCCCUCUGAUGUAUUCCACAAAGGAAAACGUCAAGUAACACUUAAGUUUGAUGAUGUUGUCUAUAAAAUUAAGACAAAGAAAGGUGGAUUACUUGUGAAGAACAGAGAGGCGGUUGUAAAAGAGAUACUGAAGGGAGUGACAGGUGUUGUUGAACCUGGUGAAAUGCUGGCCAUGUUAGGCCCAUCCGGGAGUGGCAAAACAACUCUGCUCACAGCAUUGGGAGGCAGGCUUGGAGGGAAGCUUCACGGUAGCAUAACUUACAAUGGUGAAGCUUUCUCAAAUGCCAUGAAGAGGAACACAGGCUUUGUUACCCAAGAUGAUGUUCUCUACCCCCACUUGACUGUGCUUGAGACCCUGGUGUUCACUGCACUUCUCAGACUGCCCAACAGUGUCACCAAGGAAAAGAAAGUUGAGCAUGCAAAAGCUGUGAUGGAUCAACUUGGUUUAACCAAGUGCAAGGAUAGCAUAGUUGGAAGUCCUCACUUGAGGGGGGUUUCUGGGGGAGAGAGAAAGAGGGUUAGCAUUGGACAAGAACUACUCAUAAACCCAAGCUUGUUGUUUCUUGAUGAACCUACCUCUGGCCUGGACUCAACCACAGCACAAAGAAUUGUCUCAACCUUAUGGGAGCUAGCAUGUGGGGGGAGAACUGUUGUGAUGACAAUACACCAACCUUCAAGUAGGCUAUACUACAUGUUUCAUAAGGUGUUAUUGCUAUCUGAAGGGAACACAUUGUAUUUUGGAAAGGGAUCUGAAGCCAUUGAAUAUUUUUCUAAUAUUGGAUAUGCCCCAUCAUUGGCCAUGAACCCCGCAGAUUUCCUUUUGGAUCUUGCAAACGGUAUCUACACUGAUGAAAAUAAUGCAGAUCAUACCAUAGAUAAACAGAAAUUGAUUUCUGUGUGUAAGAGAAAUUAUGCUGCACAAUUGAAGUCAUCACUUAAAGGAAUCAAUGACUCUGGCAAAGACCAGAAUAGAUUUCAAGAAAAGGAAAAAUGGCCUACCAACUGGGCACAGCAAUUCCUUGUACUAUUAAGAAGAGACAUCAAAGAGAGAAGGCAUGAAGCAUUCUCUGUUCUGCGGGUUUGUCAGGUCCUUGUGGUUGCUCUUGUUUCAGGACUACUGUGGUAUAAGUCUGAUAUCUCACACUUGCAGGAUCAGAUUGGGCUUCUAUUCUUCGUAUCUGGCUUUUGGGGUUUUUUCCCUCUCUUCCAAGCAAUUUUCACCUUUCCUCAAGAGCUAACGAUGCUACAGAAAGAAAGAUCUUCUGGAAUGUACAGGCUUUCGUCAUACUUCAUGUCAAGGGUGGUAGCUGACCUUCCCAUGGAACUUGUUCUUCCCACCAUAUUCCUUUUCAUAACCUAUUGGAUGGCAGGGUUGAAGGCCAAAGUGGUCAACUUCAUUUACACGCUUCUCGCUCUCUUACUCAAUGUGUUGGUAGCACAAGGUCUAGGCCUGGCCCUUGGUGCUUCUGUAAUGGAUCAAAAAGCUGCAACCACACUUGCCUCAGUCAUCAUGCUAUGCUUUCUGCUGGCUGGUGGUUUUUAUGUUCAACAUGUUCCAAAGUUUAUAGCAUGGAUUAAGUACCUUUCUAUAAGCUACUACACCUACCAGCUCUUCAUUGGGUCUCAAUACAGCUAUGGCGAGACAUACCCUUGUUCCAAUGGCCAGUGUCCUAUUGUGGAGUUUCCUUCUAUAAAGGAAAUGGGGGUUCAUUUUGGAUUGCAUGAUCAACUCAUGGCUGCAUUAGGUCUAGUGGUAAUGCUCAUAGGUUACAGACUUAUAGCCUAUCUUGCUCUCAUGAGGAUUGGAGUGACAAAGAACUAG